UUGACAAACCAACCAUCAAAACGACAGCGUUUCUUUGCACUCCCAUCUACGCGACUACACGGACACAUUGCCUGAAGAAGGGGGCUGAUACAGGAGAAAUAACAAGUUGAAACUUGAAGGCAGGCCUGAAGAUGUAAUGGUUUCCCCUCAAGGUCCCCCCAGUUCCAGAAACCUGAAGCGGUUAGUCUAGUUGGUUUUUGGUGCUCUCCUUCAGAUUUGAAAUCCUCAAGCUCUUUUAUUCUUACACACUGGAGGAUCCGGGUAAGCUCCCUUAUGAUCUGGAGUAUAUGAUGAUGACAGAAGAUGACAAUGCAAGAACUGGGUUACAUACUUGUUCACAAUUUUUCCUUAUGAAAUGGUUAAAAGAAGAGUCGUAUGGUUUUUCUGCGUCAUGAUUUAAUUUAGCUGAAGUGUUGAAAAUGAAGAAGUGGUCCGGAGGAAUGUUUAUCAUGGCUCUUGCGAUGAUCAUGUUUCUGGGUUACAGCCUUAUAGUAAUCCGGCCACAGAAGCAGUCAGCAUAUAGUUUCUUUAGAAACCAUCCGGCCAAUGAUUCUCAUACAAAGGACAGUGACUUCGUUAAGUCUUCUCAAAUGGAAGUGAAAAAAGCAUCAAAGCCAUCAAAAAAGCCCCCUCUUAUAAAUAUUGAUGGGCUCAGUGAUCUGUAUGCUUCCAAAAAAAUUUCUGGGGAAGAGUCGAAGGCCUUGCUUGUGUGGGCUCACAUGCGUAUGCUACUGUCGAGGUCUGACACUCUGCCUGAAACAGCUGAGGGGGUUAAAGAGGCUUCCGUAGCUUGGAAAGAAUUAUUCUCCACAAUUGAGAAGGAAAAAGCCUCCAAGUUUAGCAACAGUAACAACACUGAAGAUAAGAAUUGCCCUUACUCUGUAAGUACACUUGAUAAUACAGCAUCGCAUGGUGGAGUCGUUCUUGAGCUCCCUUGUGGUCUAGUUGAAGAUUCUUCCAUUACUUUAGUUGGCAUUCCUGAUGGGCGCUAUCAAAGCUUUCAAAUUGAACUUGUAGGCUCACAACUUUCUGGGGAGCCAACACCUCCUAUUAUCUUACAUUAUAAUGUCAGUCUGCCUGGAGAUAAUAUGACGGAGGAGCCAUUUAUAGUUCAGAAUACAUGGACGAGUGAAGCUGGGUGGGGCACAGAGGAACGAUGUCCUGCUCACGGGUCUGCCAACAUUGUCAAUGUUGAUGGGCUUGUUCUUUGCAAUGAACAAAUUGUCAGGAGCACUGUGGAAGAGAAUAUAAAUGUGAGUCAUCCUAGUAGUGACGCGUUGGCCAAUGUUCCCAGUGGAAGUGCCCAUGGAAGCGCUAGUUUCCCUUUUGUUGAAGGGAACCCUUUCACUGCCACAUUGUGGGUUGGUCUAGAGGGGUUUCAUAUGACCGUGAGUGGAAGACAUGAAACUUCUUUUGCAUAUAGGGAGAAACUUGAACCAUGGUCAGUUAGCAGAGUGAAAGUGGCAGGUGGUUUGGAUCUCUUAUCUGCCUUAGCUAAAGGCUUGCCUGUUUCUGAAGACAAUGAUUUAGUUGUUGAUCUGGAGCACCUCAAAGCUCCAUCAGUUUCCAGGAAAAGACUUGUAAUGUUGGUUGGGGUUUUCUCUACCGGAAAUAAUUUUGAGCGUCGAAUGGCGUUGAGGAGGUCUUGGAUGCAAUAUGAGGCCGUACGUUCUGGGAAUGUAGCUGUCCGAUUUUUUAUUGGCCUUCACAAGAACAACCAGGUCAAUUUUGAGCUAUGGAAAGAAGCUCAAGCAUAUGGGGAUGUCCAAUUGAUGCCCUUUGUUGACUAUUACAGCUUGAUUGCUUUGAAAACAGUUGCAAUUUGCAUCUUGGGGACCAAAAUCCUCCCUGCCAAAUAUAUCAUGAAAACAGAUGAUGAUGCUUUUGUUAGGAUUGAUGAAGUUCUCUCUAGCCUCAAGGGAAAGGCAUCUAAUGGCCUCUUGUAUGGUCUUAUUUCUUUCGAAUCAGCUCCACAUAGGGAUAAAGACAGCAAAUGGUAUAGUAGUACCGAGGAAUGGCCACAUGCUUCUUACCCACCAUGGGCCCAUGGUCCAGGAUAUAUUAUCUCUCGGGACAUUGCGAAAUUCAUUGUCCGUGGCCACCAGGAAAGAGAUCUCAAGCUUUUUAAACUAGAAGAUGUUGCAAUGGGCAUAUGGAUCGAACAAUUCAAGAAAAGUGGUCAAGAAGUGCAUUACAUCAACGAUGACAGGUUUUACAAUGCCGGAUGCGAAUCAAAUUAUGUUCUCGCACAUUAUCAAGGCCCGAGGAAAGUGUUAUGCCUUUGGGAGAUGCUGCAGAAAGAGCACCAGGCCAUUUGCUGCGAGUAAAUAUAUCAACCUUUCUGACAAAUGAAACCCUUGAUGAGCUCAAAUCCUUCUAUCCGAGAACCAAAUACUAUCAAUAAUUGCAGUCAUGCAGCUAUUGAUAUUCUUUGGUGCAAAAAGGAUGGGUCAAGUUCUUUGUUUGACCUUUUCGGGUCUAUUUUUGUAAAAAACUGUAUCCUUUUAAUCAAAUUUUUUUUUUCUUCAGAAAGCACAACUUAUUUGUUCAUGGAACAUUGAAGGCAACCAAAUUCCCCAAUAUCUUACACCUGGCGUUUAAGCCAAGCCAAAACCUUUUGAGUGGUUGGUUUGAUCCGUGAAAUAUGCACCACCCAGUCAUGAUUGACACGUUUGAGAAUCAAUUCUUUUUCUUACUCUUACUGACAGCCUCCAAUUUUCAAGUGGAAGGACCACAGAAACUCUUGGAAGCUUUAAGCUUAGAUUUGUUGUCCGUGAUUCUUAUGCAGACACGCAUGCAUACAAACUGCACAUGGAUCCCUGCAAUUGAGUAGGCAAUUUCCAAUGAGGGAUCCGACAAGAUAACUUAGAAUCUUUUGUAAUUGUCUGCACCGACAAUCAUUUCCGGUCCAAAAAGAUAUUUAUGAAUCCCUCGCUCCUCCAAUCGGGCAAGCAAUCGUAAGAGGCUUACCGCCUGAAGGCCCUGAACACGUGCUUCGACAGGUGGCCGCAUCGAAAGUCUUCACAAUUGCAAGAAAUUCCUCGCCAUCUAGGUAGGAGAUCCCGAUCCAACUGUAGGCCGUACGUAUAAGAAUAUGACUACUUUGAGGCAACAGCUUAUUAACUUGGAAAAGAUGGAACUUCUACCAACCAAGAAACAUUCAAACCGGACAAGCAGGGUUAGGAAGCAACGUGGCUUUUUUUUUCUUUUGCCGUGGAGACUUAAAACUUCACGUGUGUUUAAAUCUAGAAGCAUCGCCAAGACACCAACUACCCUACAGUAUUAAUAUAACACUAAAAAGUCUCGGCUGUUCUUCAAAAUGUCAUCAUAUCACUUGGUGAGUCAUUCCAAAUUGUAGCUUGCAAGUUAGUGCUUGGGGCUGCUGUAUGCCAUAUCUGGAAGCACAGAAAUGGUCUUUCUCAUAGUAAUAAGUUGAAUUCUGAUGAGCAUAUUCUUGAAAUGAUAUGGGCUCCCGUAAAUUUGUUAAUACGGUUACUAAUAGAAACUACUGUUGUUGCUGGAAGUGUCUGAGAAAGUGUUUACCGGAUAAAUUAAAUUGGUGAUUUGGUUUU